AUGGCUACCAAUACGCCCCUUAGUCCAGCGGAUUUCCGAACUUACAAUCACAUGGCGGAGAAAAUGGGAGCUUUUCACAAUCACUUUCGGAUGCAAUGGAAUGUACUAUCCACCGCUGCGACUACUUCUAAACGGCCAAAGGGCAUGACCCUGAGGUCAUACUUGAAGCUGUGCUUGGAGUUCUGUCACGGACUUGACAUGCAUCAUAAAAUUGAGGAGACGCGAGUUUUCCCGUUUCUUGCGACACGGAUGCCUGCAUUCAAGAAAAAGAGCAGAAUGGUCACCCAGCAUAAAACCAUCCAUAAAGGUCUCGAUGAUUUAGAGUCCUAUGCCCAGGACUGUUUACAAGGGGACAGGGACUUUCAGUGGUACGAAGUCAAGGAUAUUCUGGAUAAAUUCGGGACUACUUUGUGGGAACAUCUGGAUGAGGAGGUUGAGGAGUUAGGUGCUGAAAAGUUAAGACAAUUUUGGUCUAAAGAGGAGAUAUUACGCAUGCCGAUGUAA